ACACGCGCUUCAACUUCGGUUGGUGUGUGUCGAAGAAACCUGACUGAGCCCUCGGGAGAACAGCGGAGAGGGUCCACCGAGCCUCGCGAAAGGUCCGCUGAGCGGGCUCGCCCCGGAGCCACUCCGGGCUGCGAAGCACCCAGCGGAACCCACGCCUGGCAGGUGUGGGACCCGGUCCUUCCUAUCUUCGCAGAGGAGUCCACGCGUGGUGAGUAUGCGAAACAAAAAGCUUUUGAAAACAAAGAGAAGAAGGGGUGGAAGAGGAGGCCAGGAUCCAGGCCUCCAUCCCCACAGGAGUGAAGCUACAUCCGGGAGGACUCCUCCCAUCCCAACCGUCACCCUGGGGCCCGACUGCCCACCACCUCCUCCUCCUCCUCCCCCCAACGAUCCCAACACCCCAUCCUCCUCUGCCUCCUCCUCCUCUGGAGCAUCCUCCUCACGCAGUGGCCAAAGGGGCCAGUACAAUCCCAACCUGGCAGAACGCAGGCGGGACGAUCUCUCUGAAGAGAUCAACAACCUGAGAGAGAAGGUCAUGAAGCAGUCCGAGGAGAACAACAACCUGCAGAACCAGGUGCAAAAGCUGACAGAGGAGAACACCUCCCUUCGGGAGCAAGUGGAACCUGCCCCUGAGGAAGAGGAGGAUGACAUCGAGCUCUGUGGUGCUGCAGCGGCUGCUGCCCCACCCACUCCCAUCGAGGAAGAGUGCCCAGAUGACCUUCCAGAGAAGUUUGAUGGCAACCCAGACAUGCUGGUUCCAUUCAUGGCCCAGUGCCAGCUCUUCAUGGAAAAGAGCACCCGAGAUUUCUCUGUCGAUCGCGUCCGAGUCUGCUUCGUGACAAGCAUGAUGACUGGUCGUGCUGCUCGCUGGGCCUCAGCCAAACUGGAACGAUCCCACUACCUGAUGCACAACUACCCAGCCUUCAUGACUGAAAUGAAGCACGUCUUCGAAGACCCUCAGAGGCGAGAGGCCGCCAAGCGCAAGAUCCGACGUCUGCGCCAGGGCAUGGGGUCAGUCGUGGACUAUUCCAAUGCUUUCCAGAUGAUUGCCCAGGACCUGGAUUGGAAUGAGCCUGCGCUGAUUGACCAGUACCAUGAGGGCCUCAGCGACCACAUUCAGGCAGAGCUGUCCCGCCUCGAAGUUGCCAAGUCGCUGUCAGCACUGAUUGGCCAGUGCAUCCACAUUGAGAGAAGGCUGGCCCGGGCCGCCGCAGCUCGCAAGCCACGCUCCCCACCCCGUGCGCUGGUGUUGCCUCACAUCACAAGCCACCACCAGAUAGAUCCAACUGAGCCGGUGGGAGGUGCCCGCAUGCGGCUGACCCAGGAAGAAAAAGAAAGACGCAGAAAGCUGAACCUUUGCCUCUACUGUGGGAAUGGAGGUCACUACGCCGACAACUGUCCUGCCAAGGCCUCAAAGGCUUCGCCGGCGGGAAACUCCCCGGCCCCGCUGUAGAGGGACCUUCAGCGACCGGGCCAGAAAUAAUAAGGUCCCCACAAGAUGAUGCUUCAUCUCCACACUUGCAAGUGAUGCUCCAGAUUCAUCUUCCGGGCAGACACACCCUGUUCGUCCGAGCCAUGAUAGAUUCUGGUGCUUCUGGCAACUUCAUUGAUCACGAAUAUGUUGCCCAAAAUGGAAUUCCACUAAGAGUCAAGGACUGGCCAAUACUUGUGGAAGCGAUUGAUGGACGUCCCAUAGCAUCGGGCCCAGUUGUCCAUGAAACCCAUGACCUGAUCGUUGACCUGGGAGAUCACCGUGAGGUGCUGUCAUUCGAUGUGACUCAGUCUCCGUUCUUCCCUGUCGUCCUGGGGGUGCGCUGGCUGAGCACACACGAUCCCAACAUCACCUGGAGCACCCGAUCGAUUGUCUUCGAUUCUGAAUAUUGCCGAUACCACUGCCGGAUGUAUUCUCCAAUACCACCGCCGCUCCCACCACCAGCACAGCCAUCCUUUUACUAUCCAGUAGAUGGAUACAGAGUUUACCAACCAGUGAGGUAUUAUUAUGUCCAGAAUGUGUACACUCCAGUGGAUGAACACGUCUACCCAGAUCACCGCCUGGUGGACCCAAACAUAGAAAUGAUACCUGGAGCACACAGUAUUCCCAGCGGGCAUGUAUACUCACUGUCCGAACCAGAAAUGGCGGCUCUGCGAGAUUUUGUGGCCAGAAAUGUGAAAGAUGGGCUGAUUACUCCCACAAUUGCGCCUAAUGGGGCCCAGGUGCUCCAAGUGAAGAGAGGAUGGAAACUGCAAGUUUCUUAUGAUUGCCGAGCUCCCAAUAAUUUCACGAUCCAGAAUCAGUAUCCUCGACUCUCUAUUCCAAACUUGGAUGAUCAAGCCCACCUGGCGACGUACGCUGAAUACGUACCUCAAGUACCUGGAUACCAAACGUACCCCGCUUACGCCACCUACCCGACCUACCCGGUAGGAUUCGCGUGGUACCCAGUGGGACGAGAUGGACAUGGACGCUCGCUCUAUGUCCCUGUGAUGAUCACUUGGAAUCCGCAUUGGUACCGCCAGCCUCCUGUACCCCAGUAUCCGCCUCCUCAGCCGCCACCACCUCCGCCGCCGCCACCCCCACCCCCAUCUUACAGCACCAUGUAAAUACCUGUCAUGUCCUUCUGGAUCUCCGCCCUCAAAACUGAUUCCUGCUCAGCUUCUCAAUCAGUGACUGUGUGCUAAACUGGACUACUGCCUCUUCAGGCCAGCCCAAGGCACAGCCUCUCUGAAAUGGCUACUGAAGGUCAAGGCCACCCGGGACUAGCACACACCCCUAAAGUACCAAACCCUAUCCUGGGAGCCACAGAGUACUUACCAACAAAUUCUCUCUCAGUUUUCCAACCUGACUGCCAUUCUCAAAUUUGGAAAGUUUACUUUCCAUUGAUGUUUUACCUGCUGAAACCUCUGUCACCAUCUGAAUUAUUGGCUGCCAGAUUCUUCCUUUAAUAAUUAUAGAGAAGCUGAUACAAACACAGGAGAUGCUGUUUUCUUUAAGGAGGGGGAGUCAAGGAGGAGGAGGACAUGACUUUUCUUGCAGUUUCGGUACUCUCUCUACAUCACUGGAGGACCGACGCCUUAUUUAGGAAGCCAAAAUUAUUGGUGCAGUGUGAAAUGGCUUCCGUGAUCUUUUUGCUGCACCCUUAGAAACUUCACCAUCUUCAAACUCCACUUUCAUGGUUCCGUUAAUUCUCAAGGAGCAGCAACUCGACCGGUUCUCCCAGGAGCAGACAGAACCCCUGCAACAGAAACACCUCAGGCCUGAGUAGGAAGUGCCCUCUCAGACGGACUCUUGCAUGUUAAGAGUGUGCCUUCACAUCCUGGUGCAAAUCACAUGUACCCAAGAACUCUGGCUUUAUCACAACACCUUACCAUCAUCAUGCCAGCUGUGGCGUCCACAAAAUGUUAAACCUGGUAACCAGAGACUAUUGGUGGCCCCAGGUGUGUUAGAUGUUUGUGAAAUGUGACCACUUCUCAGUCACGUAUGAGGGCUAACUAGCAAAUAGAAAGACUCCUAAGUCCUGUACCCAACUCUUUAAUGAAACUCUGAAUUAAUGUGAUCAACUUGUGCUGAUACGUCAGAAGAAUCUCGACGGGUGUUAGUUGGUUACGAAAGCAUCACCGGAAGUCUUGGAAGCAUCUAUCCAUGUCUCUGCCUCCAUAUGUAUCUGGGCAUUUCAUCACCAGUCCCCUCACUAGACUGAGCAUUAAGAUGCUUAAUGGAGGGGAAAAGAUUUUAGCACCCAGACCCACACUCCUAUGCCUGGGAGGGAUGUCUUGGAAGAAGAGGAAUUGGGGGCACUGGACAUGUAUCCACUUAAAAAGGAUCAGAGUUUGCAUCAUAGAAAGGGGUCUCCCUACAAGGGGAUGGAGCCAACAGUCUGCCAAUGAGUGGAAGGCCUUAGAAAGCAACUCAAGUGACUCUAAGCAGCAGACAACACAAGAGUUGUCCUCAAUCCAGUGACAUCGGCUGAUGUCUCCUGGAGGCUUUGUGCCAACCUGGGACUGCCUGACUUCCUUUCGCCUGGUCCCUUGCUACUACCUUGACUUGUUUGUCUAACCUCUCUCUUUCUGUUUAAUUCUUUACUACUGCCAUUAACCCUCCUGCAGGAUUUGUGUCACCCUUCCUGCCUGGUUGCUGAGACUCCAUUUGGCUGCCAAGCACCAAGAAGAAAGAGGAGGGCUUCGUGGAGCCUGAGUUUCAACACACCCGUCUCCAGUUUCCAAAACAGUUUGAGCAGUAGAAAACAACAUGGCUUUUAUUUCAGAUUACCUGUCACGAAGAGGAGUCCAAUGGUGAAGUUUCAUUUCAUCAACAUCAUCUUUCACAUAUUCACUAUUACCCACCCUUAUUGCAUGUUAUAAUACUUAAAAGUUUUAGUUGUAGGUUAGUCAUGUCCUUUAACAGUGUUUUAAGUGGUGACUCUGCUUUCAAAAUUAAUUUCCAUUGAAUUGCAAAGUAUUACCCGAUUCUUAGAGUUAAGCUAAUUAAAAAUGAUAAGUGAUUUAGUGAAAAAUACUUCUUUACUGUGAACUUCUCUUACAACACUGUGAAUGAGAGGCUCUUCGAAACUGGAGUAUUUGCGUAAUAGCCCGUCCUGUUCAUCUCAAUCUAUUUUAAACUAUGUAAUUACGUGUUAUUAAUUGGGAAUUUUAAAACCACACAACAGGAUACACAAAUUCAAAAAGUCUCCUGAUUGGAAGACUCCUGAUUGGCUAUUUUAAUCCAAACAACUUUACUUCUUUUAUUUUUUCAAUGGAAUGUGAAAGCUUGUCAGUCACUCAAUGUGUUUUAGAGUAAUUACUUUUAAAAUGGUGCAUUUGUGCUUCUGGACUAUUUUGAAGCGUCACUUCAGUUUACCUCAAUAUCAAUCCAUUCUCCAUUUAUUUGAAUUCGAGUUGUUCUAUGUGAAUCUUAACAAUUGUCAAUUGAUCUUCAAGCUGCAGCAGGCCUAGAAAUGGGUCAGUCUGCAGCCCCAGCAUGGGCACACGGACAUUUGCCAUCACUGCAAGCAAAGAUCUGAAGAAGUUGAACAGCGACGGCAACAGCAGUCAACAGCAGUCAGGGAGAGCAUGGUGGUGUGGGUUAACAACUCAUGGAUGACGUCCCUGACAUGUUUGGUUCAUUAGUAAAAGCUUGUGAAAGACUUUGGCAGUGUGUACUAUGCGCUAUUACUAUAUAUACUAUCUAUAAAUGUAGAUGUUAAGGAUAAGUAAUCUCAAAUAUAUUCUAUAGUAUAAAAUUUUGUAAGUUUCCUUUUACUCAAUCACUUUAAUUUGUUAAGUUUCCUUUCAAUCGUUGAUUUUUUUUUUGUUAAGUUUCCUUUUGUUCAGUUGAUUUAUUUUGUUGCUGUUGAUCAAUUUAAUUGGACACUUUAAAUUUUUUUGGCAUUUUCCAUUAAAAAUGCCUUUAUUCAUAUGAAAAGGAAAAGCUAAGUAAUGACAUAGCUUGAGAAGUUUAAAAGGGAGCAAAAUAAAAAUGUAGAAGAGAUAAACCAAAACAUCAGAAUUUCAAGCAGAGCCAAUAGUUCAUUAAAACAAAUUGGCAAAACUGAUGGGCUUUGGCUCAAAUUUGCAGUUCAUUAGGAAAAAAUUAGGAAGAGGUGAGCUCCCAUUGUCAGGCGAAUCUGGAGAGAAAUAUUGAAGGUCAUCAUCCAGGGAAAUGGAAACAGGAAGUUUAUACUCAUUUCUGAAGGGUCAAUUUAGUUUGAUCAAUGAGGUAUUUGUAUGGGAAGAUGGAUUAUUAGUUGGUGAACUUGAAGGUGCACAUAUUAAGAGGGGCCCAUCUUUAUAGUGCAGUCUGGAUUUCUGUUUAAGUUUGCAGAUACCUCUUGGACGCCUAAAUUGAUCUGGUGUCAUCUGCCACAGACAUUGAACAUCAGAUACGAUACCAAGAUUGGCAACAGAGGACACUCUGCUGGAAAGACCUGGGCAGAAGUGAAGGACCACCCGCAGAGAUGGCAAGUCUGUGAGAACCACGCUACAUUUUCAUCUCAAGAAAGAAUUACAUCUGGUGGGACUGAAAGUUCUUUGUUGUGUCAGACUGUAGAAUGUGAUCAGAUUGGUCUGUGGAAAGUUUCAUUAUUUUUAUUUCUUUAUGUAAUCAUUUAAGUAAUAGGGGGUAUAUAUAAUCAUAAGUAUUUUAGGAUGGGAGGGGCUGUGAAGUAAUCUUAAGUGGGAGGGAUUAGUUAAAAAGUUAGCAUGCUAUCUAUUAGAUAUCUCUCUAAGUGGACACGUGUACUUACUUGUAUCCUUUCACCCUAAUUACUACCCCAAAAAAUUUCCAAUAAACUUGGAAGGAACUGCAGGGAGGUCAACCUGUUUAGGGAGAAUUGGACAUGGAUAAAACUGUAGUGGGAGACAGUUCAAAAGUGAUUGGAUAAAUAAUUAUACAGAGGCUCUUUGCCCUGGACAUUUUCCAGCGAUUAAAAAUAUGAGCAAAGCCCUUAAGCGAGUUACGGAUGCCCUUUGAGAAAUUGUUAUUGGGAUAGAAUUGAUAAUGAUGGUAAAUAUUCAUGGAAGUACAGGAAAGUGAUGGAUAAGAACCCAUGUUUGUACCCCUGUCAGUAGCCCUUCUCUUUACCUCUCCCUCUUCCCUACCCUUCACCCACCUCCCUACCCUACCCCACCCCAUUAUAUUGCUGUAUUCUCUUUACUCUGUAUUUCUCUCUAUUACUAAUACUGUAUUGAUGUUAUAAUAAAAAUUCAACUAAUAAAGAUUUAGUGGUUAAGUGCAAA